UAUAAUGUACAAGAUACAUAUUAGUAUUAGAUAGAACAAUGAACUUUGUACAGAUUGCUAAUGAAAGCACUAACAUCAGUGCUUUGCAGUUUUGGAAAGCCAUUUCCAUUUGGAUGAGAAAUCCUCAUGUCAUAAACCGCAGGAUCUUAAUAUCCCAUGAAUUAUUAGCAAUCGAAGUCAAUUGCAACAUUUCGAAUAUUUAUGAACAUAUUACCAAACUACAUAUACAACUUGGUGAUUUUGAGUGUGAUUUAUCUAUGGAAAGCCAAAGGUAUCUGUUGGAGAAAUUGGAUAUUGCAGAGUAUUGCCAAUCACUGGAACGUUUGAAUCAAAUCGAGACAUUAGAUGAUGAUAAAGUUUAUUUGUAUGUGAAGAAGUUAUUACCUCGCAAUACGCAAUUAUUUUCACCGACGUUGGAAUUUACGUUAGUCGACAAGAGACUUACCAGCGUCGCUAGCUUUCAUAAACGUAUUGUUCAAGACAAACAGCCUCUAGGUCCAAAUGCAGCCUACACAAUACAACACCACGAGUACGGCUCCACGUGUAUAAGUAUACAUAGAUUAGAGGACCGAGAUGACGACAAAAGCCGCGACUGGCUCAAGUCCAAGUUCUUACCACGUUUGAUCAAAUGGAUGAUGAAUGAAAACGACAACGUUGGUCCGAAAAUUAAAUCUCUCAGCCUCGUUUCCGCUGAGAAGUACACUUCGCUAUACAAUCGAUUGAAGGAGAAGUAUGGCACCGAAAUGGUGAAGGUGUGGCCCGAGAACACAGACCCGGCCAAGUUUGUUUACGAGGACGUCGCGAUUGCGACCUACCUGUUGCUGCUGUGGGAGAAGGAGAGAUUGGAGUUGGAUACGCAGAAGUUGCAAUCGUUCGUGGAUCUCGGUUGUGGUAAUGGACUUCUUGUCUAUAUACUGUCUAGCGAGGGUCACACAGGAAUGGGAAUCGACUUGCGCAAAAGGAAGAUCUGGGAUCUGUUUCCAGAAAGCACUCACCUGCAAGUCAGCACGAUUGUUCCGUCUUCCGACACUGUCUUUCCCGCCGUGGACUGGAUUAUAGGCAAUCACUCAGACGAGCUCACCCCGUGGAUUCCCGUGAUCGCUUCGCGCAGUUCCUACGAGUGCCGGUUCUUCCUGCUGCCCUGUUGUGCCUAUGAGUUUGACGGCAGGAAGUACCGGAGAUGCAAUACUGCUGAGAGUCAAUACUCCGAGUACAUGUCCUACGUUAGAAGCGUGUGCGAGGGUUGCGGCUUCCUCACGCAAGUGGACAGGCUGCGAAUUCCAUCGACAAAGCGGACCUGUUUCGUCGGAUGGCGGAGGAGCUAUGCGAGAGAGGAUAGCGCGGCGCUGGAUGCUGACAUCAAGAGAAUUAUAAAUGCGCGAUCAGCAACGACGACGACGAUGUCUCAGGCCGUGACCGAAGUAGCAGAAGACAACGAUCUGUGGUCCGCGAGCUUCAAGCCGCGUAGCUCGACGGAACGAACGCGAAAUUGCACGCAGCUGGACAAGGAACUGGUUCUGAACAUUGUCAACGUGGUUGCGGCGCACCUGUUGCGCACGGAGUGCAGGAUACAGUUGGAGCGGAGACCCGGCGAAACGUGGAACGCCGGCCGACAGAUCGACAUCGGCGAGGUGGCGAAGUUGAUAGCACCUGAGAUGUUGCAGCAACUGCGAAACGAGUGCGGAGGCCUGCAAACUUUAUUAAAAAACCACAGUCACAUCUUCUAUGUAGCGCAAGGAAAGGUGCAGUUCAGAAUUCCGGGUAGUAACGUCGUUGGUAAGAAGAGAAGGAGAAGGAACAGUGACGCGCCUGCGAGAAAAGUGAAACCUUGCUGGUUCUACAAGAAUCAUCCCGACGGCUGUCCCGCUCUCGAGAUCGACUGCGACUUCCAGCAUUGAGUUCCUUUGUUGUUCGUUAAGUUCGUUAUGUACGUCGGAAAAGAUUAUAGUCUCAAGUUCAUGGCAGUGUAUAUAACAACGUGUUUUUAUUUUAAAUAAUUGCGAAUGUCGUUUGUGUGUCAGCAUUAAAGUAAAAAGUAUGCGCGUUACUGGCUCGAAACGCACAAUCAGCGAAUUGUAUCGAUUUGUGGGUUGACAAAUAGAAAAUGUAAUAACAAUAGUGAA